AAAAUUUUGGUAUUGAAUUCCCUCCCGCUUUUAGAAUUCCAAUUUAAUUGCAGAAAGAUCAUUUACCGCCAAUCUGUAUCCAUCUAAUUCAGAAAUAGUAUUUCUCCACACACACACACACACACACACACACACACAGAGGAUGUUUGGGAGAGUGAGGGGGUGUUCAUUGAACUCUCUUCAAGUAUUGGAAAUGGAAAGAACAACACCAACCAAUAAUAAUCAUAAUAAUAAGCUUCUCAAACACGAUUCUCUCUCUGUCUAUGAGAAGACACUGCUCAAGCUACAACUAGGUUCUCAGCGUGAUGCAAGUUUAGUUCCUGAUGAAUCUACAAACUCGGAAUCAAGUUCCUUUUCAUUUAAUGAACCAUCAUUGCCAGUGAGUGCUCCUGAUUGUGCUUCGACAGACUUGUUUCCAAGCGCUGGUAAUUGUGAAUCCAUGAUCAUUUCCAAAGAGAAACCAAAUGGGAAUUUGUCUAUUCUUUAUAUGUUUUCAAGAUACAAGACUUCUAAAAACGUCAAUAAAAGUUCAUGUGAUGAUAAUACUUUGGCAAUGGAGGAUGAUUGCUCUUCUGCAGGACCUCACCACAUGGAUGUAUAGUUGAUCCACCAUCACCUAUUUAAAUGUAAAUUUGAGUUUGAGACUCUCAAUCUAAAUGUUCAAUUCUGUAUUCCAUGCAA